GAGAAAACCAAACCGCAGUCAGGCCUCAACUGAACGCGCAUCAAGGUGCCCAUUGGGAGUGCAAUCGCAGUUUCAUUUUGAUUUGCAUAUGAAUUGCCAAUGGCAACAACAUGUUGAAUUUCAAUUAAUUGGCAGUCAGCCAGGUUUCCGUACCAACAACAACAACAACAAGAACAACAGCAACAACAGAAAUCGUAAAGUCAGGAGCAACAUUGAUUCGGGAAUGUAUAGCGACAACAGUGUUGAAUUAACCCAUGAUAGACCAAUUGAAGAUGACGACGACGACGAUAUAGGCAAACAGAGCAGCAGCAGCAGCAGCAGCAGCAGCAACGUUAAGAGUAAACAAAAGAGCGGUUCACCGCUGAGGCAAAUCGAUGAGAAUUACGUAUGUGACAUAGCCAUGAUGAGAAUCGCCGAGGAGAGUGGCCAGAGGCUGCUGAACAAAGCACUUGUUGUCGAUGAUUCAACAGAGCAACCAAAUUGGUCCCGACACAAUGAUGAAGCGAACGAGGUGGAAAUCAACCGACAAGAAGAGGAGCAAACGGUCAGCGAGCUGGUCCGUUCGAGCAGUGGCGGAGCUUUAAUGGAAAUUGAUGCAAAGAACAGCGGCAGCAUGCGAGUGGUCUUUGGCAUACUUGUGCGUCUUGUAUUGCCUCUGGCCAAUGGUGUGGCUCGUGGCAUUAAGGGCAUUCGAGAUGUGCGCGUUUUACGCGUAUUGCAGAAUUUGGCCUCCAGCAGACAGGCGCUGACCAAUCUGGUUGCUUUUGCGGCCAAUACGGUUUCAUUAAAUCUUUCCUCAGUACAGGUUUCAAAUCGUCUGGGGCCUCUGCUCAAUCUACUUAAAUUACGCAAAUCGCAGGAUGGUCUGGAGAGUUUGCCAGAUACGAUAAGUGCUCCUGCCACGCCAUCUAUACCCAGUACACCGUUGCAGGGCUUGAGUCCGCCUGUUUACUCGUACAGCAUAGGCAGAUCCUCGGAUGCCCCCAGUUGUUGCACCCUCAAUAUAUUGGCCGAACCGCCACCUGGUGAACCCAUUCGGGCGGAUAUUGUGCUUAUUCAUGGCCUGCAUGGCUCGCUGGUAAACACUUGGAAGCAGGGCUUGUGGCAAAAUGAUCGCCAGCCUGUGGAGUUUGAUCGUCCACCCCGGCCACCAGUGCGUCCGCCCAAAAGACCACGUCACUCGCGCAGUGCUGCCGUUCAUCCUGCUCCCAAGGAGAAGCGGGCUAAAUUUGCCUCUUGCCCACGUUCCUCGGACAUGACGGAUGAUGCUCCACAGAUCCAACAGCGUGUCAAAUUGCGACGCACAAUGGAAUCCCAGCAACAACGUUUCAAUUUCAAUGUUUCCGAUUCAGAUGAUCAGUUGGAGGACUAUGCCUAUGUGUGUGGUGAACCGGAGGAUAUACAAAUUUGUCAGGGCAUCGAGUAUAGUUUCCCCACAUUCCGUUUGCGCAUGCAUGACAAGAGUCGUCUGCUGCAAGCAGAGCUUGAGUCCAUGCUGGAGGCCGAAGGAAGUGAGACUAUGCCAUCUACUUGUACCGCCAAUUCUUCACCUCAAUCCUCUACAGCUGCAACAAAACGCAAAUCCACCCAAGCCAACAACAAAAAACAAACGAAACCCUCACCAAAUGAUGCCAACUAUUCCAAAUGUUGGCCCGGUGAUUGGCUACCUCUGGAUUGUCCUGGUGUAAGGGUCAUUGCCCUUAACUAUACAACCGACCAAUAUCUCUGGCGUCCGCUGUGGAAACGAAAAGAGUCGCGCUCCAGUCUCAUUCAGCGUUCAAGGGAAAUGGCCGAGCUGUUAAUUCAACAGCGUGUUGGCCAUGGUCAUCCCAUCAUCUAUGUGGGUCACUCCAAGGGAGGAUUAUUCAUUAAGCAAAUUAUGGUCGAUGCCUGGGAAUGUGGUCGACCGGCCAUGACGCCACUUUGGCGCUCAGCACGUGGUUGUUUCUUCUACUCGGUGCCACAUCGAGGCUCCCAUUUGGCCAGCAUUAAGGCGCCGCUGCUAUCGCGCUCUGUCGAAUUACUGGAAAUUGAGAAAAACAACAAGUAUUUGCUAGAUCUGCAUCGCCGUUUUGCCGGACUCUAUCACAUGGGUCAUUUGAAGAUCGAAGUAUUUAGUUUUGUGGAGACUGCCCUGACCCUUAUGUCGGUUCUGUAUUUGCGUAUUGUGGGCGUAGAUUCGGCAGAUCCCGGCAUUGGCGAUGUGUGUGGCAUAAGACUCGAUCAUCGCGAGAUUUGCAAGCCACGAGGACGUGAUUGCAUUCUGUAUACGGAACUGGUUAAAAUGAUUAAGAAAGUGUGCUGAGCAUGGGAGUGUGGAAAGCACUCAGUCAAUUGUACUAUACGUGACCUAGUUGAAAUCGAUAUGUGAAUAGGAAUUUGCAAACUCUGAGAGUUUUUGCAAUUACCCGGUACCUAAAUGAUGUUAAGUUCCGACUGAACAGUCGCCAACUUACUUUAUUCUACAUAUACCUUAUAUAAGUGCAUAGCAUAGGGAAAAUAUCUUGAUUAAUAUUACGUCUGCCAUUUUUAGUAUAUAGACAAUGCGAUAUUAAUGAUAA